UGGCCUCUCCGUGCUGCUCCGAGUCAAGUACAAGCUGAGGAAGCACCAAAAAGCCAAGAGCACCAUUCCCAAGAUCUUCCAGGACGUCGUGCGGCGCCACCCGGAGAAGGUGGCCCUGAUUUACGAGGCCACCGGUGAGCAGUGGACCUUCAGGAGGCUGGAUGAGUUCUCCAAUUCUGUGGCCAACUUCUUCCACCAGGAAGGCUUCCACCUGGGGGAUGUCAUUGCCAUCUUCAUGGAGAGUCGCCCCGAGUUCGUUGGGCUCUGGUUGGGAAUGGCCAAGAUUGGCGUCGAGGCGGCUCUGAUAAUUAUGGAAAUGAAAACCAAGCCCAGUGAGAUCAGCCUGGUUUGUGGCCUCUCCGUGCUGCUCCGAGUCAAGUACAAGCUGAGGAAGCACCAAAAAGCCAAGAGCACCAUUCCCAAGAUCUUCCAGGACGUCGUGCGGCGCCACCCGGAGAAGGUGGCCCUGAUUUACGAGGCCACCGGUGAGCAGUGGACCUUCAGGAGGCUGGAUGAGUUCUCCAAUUCUGUGGCCAACUUCUUCCACCAGGAAGGCUUCCACCUGGGGGAUGUCAUUGCCAUCUUCAUGGAGAGUCGCCCCGAGUUCGUUGGGCUCUGGUUGGGAAUGGCCAAGAUCGGCGUCGAGGCGGCUCUGAUCAACUUCAACCUGCGUUUGGAUUCCCUGGUUUACUGUGUGACCACCUCGGGGGCCAAAGCUGUGAUCUUCGGGGGGGAACUGGCCUCAGCAAUUGCUGAGGUGAACGGGAUGUUGGGGAAGAACAUGGUCAAGUUCUGCUCUGGUGACUACAACCCUGAAGUUGUCCCUGUGGACACCAGGCACCUGGAUCCUCUGCUGAGCACCACGUCCAAGUCACCCCCAACUCAGAACUUGGUCAAGGGUUUAGAUGAUCGACUCUUCUACAUCUACACCUCGGGAACCACUGGGAUGCCCAAAGCUGCCAUCGUGGUGCACAGCAGGUACUAUCGAAUCGCUGCCUUUGGUUACUACGCCUACAGGAUGCGCCCAGACGACGUGAUCUACAACUGCCUCCCACUCUACCACUCUGCAGGGAACAUCAUGGGUGUUGGCCAGUGUCUCAUCCAUGGGCUCACUGUGGUCAUCAGGAAGAAGUUCUCAGCCAGUCGCUUCUGGGAUGACUGCACCAAGUACAGAUGCACGAUUAUUCAGUAUAUCGGGGAAAUCUGCAGGUACCUCCUGAAGCAGCGGGCGCGCGAGGCCGAGGGGCGGCACCGGGUGCGCUUGGCCGUGGGGAACGGGCUGCGCCCCAACAUCUGGGAGGACUUUGCCGCGCGCUUCCGCAUCCCCCAGAUCGGGGAGUUCUACGGAGCCACCGAGUGCAACUGCAGCAUCGCCAACCUGGAUGGGAAGGUUGGGGCCUGCGGGUUCAACAGCCGGAUCCUGCCCAACGUGUAUCCCAUCCGGCUGGUGAAGGUCAACGAGGACACGAUGGAGCUGAUCCGGGAUUCCCGCGGGCUCUGCGUCCCCUGCCGCCCAGGAGAGCCAGGGUUGCUGGUGGGGCAGAUCAACCAGCAGGACCCGCUGCGCCGCUUCGACGGCUACGUCAGCGAGAGCGCCACCAGCAAGAAGGUGGCCUGCAACGUCCUCCAGAAAGGGGACCAGGCCUACCUCUCAGGUGACGUGCUGGUGAUGGAUGACCUGGGCUACAUGUACUUCAGAGAUCGCAGCGGGGACACGUUCCGGUGGCGAGGGGAGAACGUCUCCACCACGGAGGUGGAGGGGACCUUGAGUCACAUCCUCAACCAGACGGACGUCGCAGUCUACGGGGUGGAAGUACCAGCAAUUGCUGAGGUGAACGGGAUGUUGGGGAAGAACAUGGUCAAGUUCUGCUCUGGUGACUACAACCCUGAAGUUGUCCCUGUGGACACCAGGCACCUGGAUCCUCUGCUGAGCACCACGUCCAAGUCACCCCCAACUCAGAACUUGGUCAAGGGUUUAGAUG